GUUGAACUAUUCAAGCGAAUGCAAUUUAACAAAACUUUGUGAAAUUUAUUUAUCAAAAGUUUAAACAAAAAUAUAAAAACAAAACAAGUGUUAACAUUAUUUCCAGUAUGUUAUUAACAGCAAGACGUAUAACACAACGUUUGUAUCCACAACAAAUACAACUUUCGAAAAUGUCUCAAAUUGGUGAAUUGGGCAGUGGUGCCGGUAAAGGCGGCGGUGGUGGUGGCAGCAUCCGUGAAGCUGGCGGCAGUUUUGGUAAAAUGGAAGCCGCUCGCGAGGAAGAAUUCUUUUAUAAACAACAAAAAGAACAAUUGAAGAAUCUCAAAACCAAAACAGACACCACAAAACCAAAUGAAGCUGCCAAAAAGUGAACAGAAAAUGAGAGAAUAAUGUGGAAUUUUAUGCCAACCAUGGGCUUUAAAAGACUGUUAUUAUCGGCAUUAAAAAUUUAGAAUUUUAAGUUAAACAAAAUAAAACAAAAUUAUUAAAAAAAUUUAA